CUCGCGAGUCGCUGAGGACGCAGGGAUCGGAAAAUGGCCCCUCGCUGGCCGGGCAGCCCUUGGGCCCUGGUUCCCUGGGCUGCGGCCCUGCUCCUCGCUCUGGGCGUGGAAGGGGCUCUGGCGCUACCCGAGAUAUGCAUCCAGUGUCCUGGGAGUGUACAAAAUUUAUCAGAAGUGGCCAAUUAUUGUAACAAGCAGACCCCUGCGCUAGUGCUGCACGCCCGCUGCUGCCUGAACCAGGAGGGCACCAUCUUGGGGCUGGAUCUCCAGAAUUGUUCUCUGAAGGACACUGGUCCGAACUUUCCUCAGGCCCAUACUGCUGUCAUCAUAGACCUACUAGAGAACCCCCUCAAGGAUGACUUGGCUAGUGCCUUCCGUGGCUUCACCCAGCUCCAGACUCUGGUACUGCCACCAGAUGUCAAGUGUCCUGGAGGUAUCGGGGCCUGGGAGACAGUCACCAUUUAUAACGACAACCGAACCUGUCGAGGGCAAAAGAAUCUCUGCAAUAGCACUGGAGCCACAGAAAUGUGUCCUGAGAAUGGAUCUUGUGCACCUGAUGGUCCUGGUCUCUCGAAGUGUGUUUGUGCUGAUGGUUUCCAUGGGUACAAGUGUAUGCGCCAGGGUUCUUUCUCGCUGCUGAUGUUCUUCGGGAUUCUGGGAUCCACCACAUUAUCCAUCUCCAUCCUGCUUUGGGGGACCCAACGCCGAAAAGCCAAGGCUUCCUGAACCAUAUAUGUGUCGGUGCCCACAGACCCAAAGAUCAUCUUGAUCAGUGACUCUCACCCAGCCAGGGAGAUGUGCUUUCUUGACAGGCCUCCCCGGCUGGUGGAUCCACCCAAAGGACGAUAGAAACUCAUCCAAGCUUGGAAUGUUGUGGACACCCCAAGCCAGGAUUCGACUAGUAGCAGCCUACUUGUGCUGCUAAUUGUAAUAAUAAAUACUUUUUUUUUU